AAUACACUUGUAUAGCCAAAACAUUCGCGUUUGCGCAAAUAAUAGGCAAAUUUGGGGAAAUCCCACUUAUAGCCAGCUUUUAAAUUUGUUGUAUGCCAAAUAUAGUCAUUUCCAUUAGAUACUUUAACAGUAUUAUUAACACCAUCAACUUAUUUAACAGUUCGCUGACUAGACUUUUACUCAAUGAACACGUCAGCGCCACAUAAGCCGUCAUAAUUUAUAUUUAUUUAAUGAUUACACAUCAUAAAUUAAUAAAAAAAUUUACUUUAAUUUCCCCCAAUUUCUUCAUCACCAUGUCGCCUAUCUUCUCUCAUCCUAGAUCUCCGAUUUCCCGAAGCUUCCAAAAUCAAAACAAGCAAUCAAAAUCGACCUUUAGCUUCCCAAAAUCAAAACAAUCAAUCAAACACGUCACCGCCACUUGCAGUCGGACCCAAUUCACCACCACCGAUUUAGCUUUCCCGACGAUAACAUUUUAGGGUCCAUGGUUUCUUGAUCUGCGAUCGACUAGUGCUCGACGGCAACAACAAGAUCUGGAUAUUCUGAAGGUUGUGUCGAUGGAGCUCUAGUUUUGAUUUCUCUAAUACACUGGGGUUGAAGAUGCAGAGAGGAGGGACAGACAAAAUAUGUCAUUCCGCAGCAGAUCUGGGAAUGAGAAAUUUUUGGAGAUUUGGAAUAGAUCUGGAACGAUUGCAUAGCUGGCAGUGGGUGGAGAUAGGGAACACGAUGGAGAUGAGCGACGACUGGGGACGAAAGGGAUGGUUGUCGGUCAGGUACGACGAGAAUGCAAGCGGCGGCCGGUGCGGGAGCUAGUGGACAGGGAAGGGUUUAUGACUAGAAGAGGCAAAAGAAGAAGACGACAUCGUCGACGAGACGGAGAACUUCUGCUACUCCUCUAGAGCUUACGGGGAGCGAGAACGAGGAAGGGAAGCGGUUGCGGCAGGCCGAGGAGGGCAGCGGGAGGGCGAACCCGAGUACUAAAUCGGCGCAAAUUAUCUUCCCCAAAUCCUCUGAUUUCCAAUUUGAGGGGUUUUUUACCUUUUUAAUUCAAUUUUGUAGAGAAGGAAAGGGGAAAUAAGUUUUGUACUUCAUU